CGUCUAUGAUUUGUAUGCGCAGAACAGUCGGAUCUGCAGCCUAGUUGUUUUGAAACUUCUACUCCAAGUGACACCUGAUAGGCGCAACAGGAGCGACUUUGUAAAACAAUAACUUUUGUUACAACUUUAAAAGAAACCUUAGACCUCUUUGGGAAUUGCUCCUGUUCUUAGGCAAUCUGACUACUUUCCCCCGUCCCAUCGUCAUGUCCUCCGGGGAUGCGUCGCAGCUGAGUCGGCGGUUCUGUGUGUUGUCUUGGGAGCAGGUGCAGAGAUUGGACUCCAUACUUGGAGAGAGCGUUCCUAUUCACGGACGCGGAAAUUUCCCGACGCUUUCCGUGCAGCCGCGGCAUAUAGUCCAGGUGGUUCGGGCACGUCUGGAAGAGCGUGGUGUGCUUGUCCGGGAUGUGAAGCUGAAUGGCUCAGCAGCCAGCUACGUGCUUCACCAGGACACCGGACUGGGCUACAAGGACUUGGACCUCAUCUUUGGCUUGAACCUGACCGACGACAAGACCUUUCGUGUGGUCAAAGACGUGGUUCUGGACAGCCUUGUGGACUUCUUACCUCCGGGGCUCAGCCGUGUCUCACCCAUGACCCUCAAAGAGGCCUAUGUCCAGAAGCUCGUGAAGGUGUGCAAUGACACAGACCGCUGGAGCCUGAUCUCCCUCUCUAACAACACAGGAAAAAACGUGGAGCUGAAGUUCGUUGACUCCCUGCGGAGGCAGUUUGAAUUCAGCGUAGACUCGUUCCAGAUUGGCCUUGACUCUCUGCUGCUCUUCGAUCGCUGCUCGGAGACAGCCAUGCCCAUGUCUGAGAGCUUCCACCCCACUGUGGUUGGAGAGAGCAUGUAUGGAGACUUCCAGGAGGCCUUGGGACAUCUUCGAACCAGGACCAUUGCCACUCGGAGCCCCGAGGAGAUCCGGGGAGGAGGACUUCUGAAGUACUGCCAUCUGCUAGUGCGGGGGUUUAAACCAGACUCAGAGGCUCAGAUGAAGCUGCUACAACGCUACAUGUGCUCACGCUUCUUCAUCGACUUCCCGGACAUCAGCGAGCAGCAACGCAAGCUGGAGGCAUACCUCCAGAACCACUUCAAUGGCAUGGAGCACAAGCGCUACGACUGUCUGGUGACGCUGCGGCACGUGGUGGACGAGAGCACCGUGUGCCUGAUGGGCCACGAGCGCCGCCAGACGCUGGCACUGAUCUCUGCGCUGGCGCUAAGGGCCAUGGCCGAGCAGAACGCCAUCCCUGCCCUGGCUAACAUAACCUGUUACUACCAGCCGGCACCCUACGUCAGGGACGUCAACUUCAGUAAUUACUAUGUAGCACGCGUCCAAUCGGCCAUGAGUAACUCUUAUAGCAACUCCUACCACAGGACAUGGCUGCCUUGCAGCUGAGUGAUAUGGUUCAGUAGAGAGCUAAGAAGACUGUUCUUUUUUUUAUUUUUUUUUGUAGCUUUUCAUUUUUAUAUGUGAGUCCCAAAUGUUACCAUACUCCAUCUAUAGUACACUACUUCCUAUGAUCAGUGUACUGUGGUAUAUAGGGGGGCAUUUGAAAUGCAUCUCACCUAU